UCCGAGAUUUGAUCGUAACAACCCGAUCAUGUCCUGGGGACAAAAAUCUCUUUUAAAAAUAGUUUUAUCCAGGAAAGUUUCUAAUCUGAAAGGCGUAUGCAGAAUUCCAAACAACCAGCCAGAAGUCGGUAAAUUCGAAAUUUUGCACGGCAUUUAAUGAAAGAACUUAUAUUGGUCGGAAUCCGGGAAAGAUACCCAAAAUAAGGGGGAAAAAGCGGAUUAAGCAGAAAUCAAAAGUGUCCACAGUAGAUAUUGAGGUUAAGCGAUCGGGGUAUACAAUUCUUAAGUUUUUAGCUCUGUUAGAUUUGAACGACUGAAAUGAAUGAAAUUCCGAAAUUAUAAACAACUUACAGUUGGACAUCUGAAUAUCAAGAAUAAAUGAGAUAUUUAUAUUUCCUUAAAAGUUUAUUAUUUUGAAUUGUGGUUUCUCUACAAAAGUUCUUUAAGUAAUUCUUUUACGUAAAAAAAGGAAGAAUUUAAUAGAAUUAAGCACUUUUCAAGCUAGAUAAACGACGAUAUUAGAUCAAAAGGUUUAAUGAGUUUUGAUCGGGUUGGAAUGGAGGGUUGCUUAAACAUUUUAACAGACUCGUUAAUGCCCAUGUUUACGAAUAAACAUGUAAAGUGCUUACAAGUUUGUAACUUGAUAUAUUCUUCUUAAAUAAACAUUUUACAGCUAGUUUCAGUCUAGGAGUAACUCCUGUUAACUACAGAGUACAGAGAUCUCGUGAUUAUCUUUUAUUUGUAUUUUUAAUAUCAAUUUCCUGUCAUUUUAACUUUAAUGUGUAGAAAUCAAUUUUCUUGUUGUUUUUCCAGUUUUCUAUUCUCAACGUAACUUUUUUAUAUAAAUUUAUAGGCAUCACGAUGAACGAACAAACCGCAACUAAAAUUAAAGAAAAAGAAGAAGACGAAGAGGACAAACAGAACAAAGAGGAUAAAAAGGACAAAGAGGGCAAUGGGGACAAAGAGGCCAUAGAUAACAAAGAAGACAAAGAGGAUAGAGAGGAAAAAGAGGACAAAGAGGACAAAGAGUACAAAGAGGACAAAGAGGAUAGAGAGGACAAAGAGGGCAAAGAGGACAAAGAGGACAAAGAGGACAAAGAGUGCAAUGAGGAAACAGAGGAAAAAGAGGAAAAAGAGAACAAAGAGAACAAAGAGGACAAAGAGGACAAAGAGUACAAAGAGGACAAAGAGGAAAAAGAGGGCAAAGAGGACAAAGAGGGCAAAGAGGACAAAGAGGACAAAGAGUGCAAUGAGGAAAAAGAGGAAAAAGAGGGAAAAAAGGAAAAAGAGAACAAAGAGAACAAAGAGGACAAAGAGUGCAAUGAGGAGAAAGAGGAAAAUGAGGAAAAAGAGGACAAAGAGGACAAAGAGAACAAAGAGGACAAAGAGAACAAAGAGGACAAAGAGGACAAAGAGAACAAAGAGGACAAAGAUGAAAAAGAGGACAAAGAGAACAAAGAGAACAAAGAGGACAAAGAGGACAAAGAGUGCAAAGAGGACAAAGAGGACAAAGAGGUCAAAGAGGGCAAAGAGGACAAAGAGGGUAAAGAGGGUAAAGAGGGUAAAGAGGAAAAAGAGGAAAAAGUGAAAAAAGAGAAAAAAGAGGAAAAAGAGGAAAAAGAUGGCAAAGAGGACAAAGGAGAAAUAGAGUAUAAAGUGAACAAAGGAAACUUAGAGGACACAGGGGACAAACAGGUGGCCAUAACAGAAGAGAAUACAGGGGAGACAGAAAAUUUAAAAAUCAUUGAAACAUUUGCAUUUGAUCAAACAGACAUUAUUUCUGUUGAGUGUAGUCCUGUGAUUAAAAUAAAAAGUGAAAAUAUUGAAAAAAGGGGACUGAUCUCAAAACUUGAAUCUCUUCCCAUGUUGGGGGUUAUGUUAGCAAUGAUCUCUGCUUUCUUUUUUACACUCUCAAAUGUGAUUGUUCAGCAGGUAGAUCUGUUGGAUCAUUUCAGUAUUGCGUUCUACAGAUUCAUGGGAAUUGCUCUACUUUCAUAUCCAAUAGUUAUCUACAGAUCAGAGAAGUAUCCUACUGGUAAGACUGGUGUCCUAAUUGUAAGAUCAUUGAUUGGUAGUUCAGCUCUCAUAAUUCACUUCUUUGCACUCAAACAUAUGCCUAUUGCAGACGCUAACAUGAUAGCUGCCGCAUCUCCUAUCUGGUGUGUUCUGUUUGCUCGGAUUUUUCUUCAUGAAAAAAUUCGAUGUUUUGAUUUCGUGAAUAUAGUUAUCACUCUGGUAGGGAUAAUAUUCAUUAUCAGACCGCCCUUUCUAUUUGGUAAAUCAACUGACAAAGACGAGGAGGCGGGGGAAUACUAUCUUUACGCGGCAUUGGCACUAUUCGGGGGAAGCAUUAUGCAGGCAAGCGUGUACAUAUUAUUAAGAAUGCUAAAGGGAAUCCAUUACUCUGUGACUCUCUCCUUCUUUGGUACAAUAGGGAUUAUAGAGUCCGGUAUAUUUAUGUUGAUAUUAGGAGAUAUAUCAGCACCUCGAUGUGGAUUAGAUAGAUGGAUGAUGAUGUGGAUUGGAAAUAUAUCAUUCCUAGCCCAGGUUCUUCUCACAGUAUCGUGUCAGGGACCAGCUAUAUUCAACACAAGCUGAAGUGCCCGGCGUUGCCCAAGAAAUAAAAAAAAGGAUACUCAUGGUUUCCCUGAAAAAUGUAUUUUCCAUUUUUGGAUUCUAAGAGUUCUAAGAAUAGUGAGGUUCCUGAAAAUACUGAGAAUAAAUCGAUAGAAAAAUCCGACACAGAGGGUGGAAAUGUACGCUUAACAUUGUAUAAAAUGUCCUGACAUAAUUAAUAAGGAAUCUGUCCAGAUUAAAGUUUUAAAUCGAUGUUGUACAGAAUUCACAUUAAAUAUUGAUGUUUACAAUAACAUGUUUUAGUGCCA